AUGUACCAGUUUGUGCCUCGAGCCCAUGCAUGCACCUCUAUACCAGUCGACAGGUUGUACGGGAGUUGGUAGGAGGGUAUUAUGAAACCCUUUCUAGUCAGAUUCAGAGUUCUAAACGUUCUUUCCUUCGUGCUUUUUUAGGCUCGCUGUGGAAUCAUAUAUUCCUUUAGUUUAUAGAUUAUAUAGUGCUUUCAUCAUGGUUCUAUAUUGUCGUGUUUGUGCUGCUGCAUGUACGCUCAGCUAUUUGCUCUUUCUUCUGUUGGUGUCGGGAGGUCAUGGGCAAGCGGACUUGGACCCACAGGUGAUCCUCUCUUGUAACUAUGAGAAUGAAACGGAUCCGUUCUGUGGCUUCACGCAAGAUACCCUCGAUGACUUUGACUGGACCAGACAGGCUGGUACCACGUCUACAGAAAAUACAGGACCAAGUGUCGACCAUACCUAUGGUUCGACAGAAGGCUACUACAUUUACACCGAAUCGUCCCUUCCGCAGACCCAUGGUCACGUGGCCCGACUCGUCUCUCCCAUGAUGCAGCCGUCGACCACGCCCAUCUGUUUCGCGUUUUACUACCAGAUGAACGGGGAGGACAUCGGUAAACUCCGGGUACUCCUCCAGACCGCCAACGGGACGGAUGACCCGACGCUGCUCAAGCAAUGGAGUGGUCAUCAAGAUGAUAAGUGGUUGAAGUCGGGGAUCACCAUCCAACCCCAGACUGAAGAUUAUCAGAUCAUUCUUGAGAGUGAGGUUGGUGAGAGCUACAGAGGUGAUGUAGCAAUUGACGAUCUAAUGAUUCUUGAUAAAGUCUGCCCUUUAGACAACCUCACGUGUGAUUUCGAGACAAGUCAAGUAUGUGGAUUUACUCAGGAUACAACCGAUGAUUUCGAUUUCUGGUGGCAUGCUGGCUCUACCUCUUCUUCUAGUACGGGUCCAAGAACCGACAACACAUUCAAGAACGCAAGUGGGCAUUAUAUGUUUAUCGAAACAUCCUACCGUCAACAAGGCCAUGUUGCUCGUAUGAUCUCGCCAAUGAUGGCGGGUCACGGUGGUCGACCAUCCUGCAUGAUUUUCUACUAUCACAUGUUUGGAAGGAUUAUGGGCGACCUCAACGUCCACAUCAAAAACUCGACGUCGGACGACAUCGGUGAUCCCGUGUGGAGUCUGUCGGGAAAUCGAGGCGAUAAAUGGCGGGCUGCAGAAGUCGUGAUCAGCACGCCUUACGAUUAUCAGGUUGUAUUUGAAGCAGAGAGAGGCGAAAGCUAUCAAGGAGAUAUAGCGAUUGAUGAUGUCAAUAUCACCUUCACCGAAUGCCCAGGAUUUCAUCACAUCAAGAAUUUUAGCAGUGUGAACUGUGACUUUGAGGAAGCCGAAAUAUGUUACUACGAGCAGAACAAGGACGAUCAAUUUGAUUGGACCUGGGCUAACCGCGGUACAUGGUGGAGGUUUACCGGACCUUCGGCUGAUCACACGCUCGGAAAUGAGCUAGGAUUCUUCAUGUACAUCGAGGCAAGCUGGUCCACGCCACGUAACUCGUACGCGCGCCUGACGUCACCGGAAGUUGGUGCUCAGAGGCGGCCAUCUUGUCUCGAGUUUUGGUACCACAUGUAUGGAGUAGACGUGGAGGAGCUGAAUGUUUACAUCAUGGCAUCGGACGGUCCACUGCCCUCUACGCCGACCUGGACCCAGACUGGGGAUCAUGGUGACUACUGGCAUCGGGCAACGGUUAACAUCAAUAUGCUCAAUCGACCGUUUAAGGUGGUAUUCGAGGGAAAACGUGGGGUAUCCAGACGAGAUGAUGUAGCUCUAGAUGAUAUCAAAGUCUACCAAAGUAGAAGUUGUCCGCCAUUUACCACCGAUUUUCCACCGGCAACCACUACUCCUCGACCUUGGAAUGACCUUCAGUGCACCUUUGAGCAGGACUACUGCAACUUCACCCAGGCUUAUGAUGAUAUCUUUGACUGGGUUCGCCAUAAGGGUACUGUCACCUGGAGAUGGUGGUUCGAAACUGUUCACAAGGACCACACUCUAGGCACUAAUCAAGGUCACUUUAUGCUUCUUCAGGUAAUGGAAUGGUGGAAUCAUUUAACCAACGAUAAUGCUCGAACAAUGACCCCGCUACUCCAGGGGUCGUCCAACCCACGCUGUCUGUCAUUCUGGUUUAUUCUGAAUGGGAGAUUCGCGGAUUUCUUUAACGUUUACAUCUUAAACCAUGGUGAAACAUUGAACUUUGACCCCGACCUUGUUUUCUAUGGUGACCACGGACCCAAAUGGACGCAAGCAUUCCUUGACAUCCCACCUUCAACAUACCCUUUCUAUGUCGUCUUUGAAGGAAUUAUCGGGUUUAUGUGGGCCACCACAGAAACAGCCAUUGAUGAUAUUCAGCUACUCAACCAGAAGUGCAUGAGGCCCGUGCCAACGACUCCGCCCAUCAGCGCGGACUGUAACUUUGAGGACGGACAAGGAGACGGCAUGUGCAAUUAUGUUCAGGUGCUGGAAGCAAAGUUUCGCUGGUGGCAGCGUUCUGAUAUGUUUCUUUGGCAACGCAAUGUGGGCAACACAGCAACCGUCAACACGGGGCCACCCUUUGACCACACCUUUAGAAAUUCAUCAGGAUAUUACCUGUUAGCAGAGGCAUCUCAACCUCAGCGCCCAGGUGACAAAGCACGCUUUACAUCCCGUCCUCUUGCCUCUACCGGUGAUCGCAUAUGCCUGCAGUUUUACUACUACAUGACUGGAGACGAUAUUGGCUCACUCACAGUGCUGUGGAGUGCUCCUCAUUAUGAAGAAAAGCCUAUCUUCCAGACAUCAAAGAUGGCAGAUCGCUGGCAGUCAGCUUACGUCGACAUCAAAGACAUCGUAGAUAAUUACAAAGUAAAUGGUAGAAUUAUCAUCCAAGUCAAUGCGGUAUCUGUUCAAUAAACUUAUUACCCUCCU